GCUUAAAAGUGCUAGCUAGUGGUGCCAGAGUGGUGUAAAACCAAGAGACUCAACUGACUGAAUUGCCGACGGUCUGUUUUCCUCGUUGAGUCUUUGGGUUUCAAACCUGUCUGGCGCUAGCAUGCACUGGCUUGCACAGAAGUGACACAAUUAUGGGCCAGCGGCUAAUGAAGUGUCUAUUAGAGUCAUCGGGAUGAUGAAUGUCUUUUUGCCUCAUCUCCUCUCACCAGUGGCCUUUGGGAGGUGGCACCAGGAGUUUGCCCGGGCAGACUGCGGGCACAGACUGGUGCAGAGAUGGCACUACCUGCUGGAGUGGAGGAGACUGCAGGAGGCGUUUACAUCCUGGAACCGCAGGGUCCUGGUCAGGAGAGGGGCCCUAGAGAUACAGGAGAGAAGGCAACGGGCACAGCUCUCACACAUCCUGCGUGGCUGGCGGGGUGUGGUCGAGCGCAGGGCGGCGUGUGUGUGUUACUGCAGCGAGAGGAAUGAUCGGAUGGUCGCACACACCCUGCAGAGCUGGAGGAGAGCCACAGCGCUACGGUCUCUACACACACACCUCCUCACACACCUGCUGGAGAGAAGGACACAGGCGCUGACCCUAGGGACACUGACAGGGAAUAUGAGGCAGAGUGAGGCGGUGACGCCAAGGUUGUAUGGUGGUGCCAGGCUCAUCACAUUGGAGGAGUUGUGCGACAACCUGCAGCUCCAGACAAGCUUUCACUCCUGGAGGAGGGAGAGGAGCAAGCUCCAGCUAGCCAGACUGUACUGUGUGGCCCGGGCGAGGGAGCAGAUGAGAUUGGCGUUGCAGCGUUGGCAUGAGCUGGUGUGGGAUUCCCAGGCCUGCAGGGUGCACAGGUUCAGGACUAGACUGGCAGCGCUGGAAUCCUCUUCCUCUGGGUUCGGCAGCACCUCUCCCCUCUCCCUGAAGCUUGCUGUGGCAGAGCAUAAUAUCAGCACGGAGCUCAGCGAUUGGUCAAACAGCUCCUCUUCAGCACAGAUGGACAGAGGACUCCCCCUACUGGCCUCAUCCCCAUUGGAAAGUCUCAAGACCUGCUUCCAGGUCGAGAACCAUGUUGAUUUUGCAGAAGGUGACCAAACUUUCUGUCUCGAGCAUCAAAGUCUCCCAGAUCACAAGAGCUCACCCAGAUUAAAGGGUGUCAUGGGGAGUGUGGUGGGCCGGAUGCUGCGUCCCUCCCUCAGCGUGGCCUUCUCUCAGUGGAGGGACUAUGUCAGAGUCGGCAGGGAGCAGCGACGCCUCAUGGGCCUGAUGGCAGACGUCCGCAGACAGGCAAUGCUUGGCACCGCCCUCAGCCUGUGGAGGAGACACACCCAGAGCCUCAGCACCGCAGCCAUACACAUGGAAACUGCAAUUCUGACUUUCUCUGUGGCUCACUGGAGAAGGGUGGUCGCUCACCAAAGGUCAAAGGUCACCCUGCAGAGGAUGGCCGACGACUUCCACACCACGGCAGUCCUCAGGAGCUGCUUCUUAACAUGGGAGAAAAAGCGGAUGUUGAUUAGAGUAAGGCCAGACCCGGAGGCCCGGGCCCAGCUGGUGAGGAGGGCGGUGUGGCUGCGGAGGAGAGGAGAGAGACAGAGGACCCACAGCGCCUUCGCCCUCUGGACAGCACGUCUCAGACAAAGCCAGGCCGUCACCGCCUUCUACACACACACCACGCUCACCAGGGUGUUUACGGCGUGGGAGCAAUGUGUCCACUCCCAGAGGGAGAUGAGCGCUCUAGCCCGGGCCCACCUCCACCAGAGGCUGCUUGGCCAAACCCUGGCCCACUGGAGGGGGUCUGCCACCCGCAGCCUGGAGUUCCGCAGGAGAGGCCAGGAGAGACUGGCACUGGGGGCCAGAGAGAGUCUGCAGCGCUGGAGAGAUCAUACCCACAGGAUGUGUGAGCUGAGACAGCUACUGGGUCAGUAUGUGGAGAGUGAGAGAAGGGCAGCGAAGAGGAGAGUUCUACACACCUGGGUCCAGGCCACUGUGAAUGUCAGGAAAGCCCAAGACUUACACCAGCAGGCUUUCAUGAGCAGUCUUCUACUCAGACUACUGCAGCAAUGGCACGCCCAGGCCCAAUGCAGCGCCAGAGAGCAGAGUGCCAUCAUAGCCAUGAAGACGCAGAGGCACAGAAGAACUCUGCUUGCGGCUUUUACUUCCUGGAAGGAGCGUUUCCUCUACCAGCAGAGCUUAGCCAGGGCAGCAGCACGCCACUGGAGACAGAGGGCACUCGAAAGCAAGGCAGCCAGCCACCGCGUCACCUGUCUGACCUGGUAUUCUUACACCCGGUGGAGAUGGGCGCUGCACAGACGGAGAGACAGGUGCCAGCGGGCGAGGGUGCUGGGUAGGGAGUGGGCGCGGCGCGCCAAGCAGAGCAUGGAUGACCAGGAGAGGGCGACGGACCUCCUUCAGCAGAGACAGAGGAGAGACGUCACAGAGAGGUUCUACUACUGGAUCACAGCCCAUCAGUCCUCACUGACCAGUUUGGUAUUCCACAACCAGACUCUGUGCAAGAGGGUUUUCCAGCGCUGGCAAGCCUACACCGGCCCUGCCCUAGCACGUAGGCACAAAGGUGCCAGGUUCAAUCUUGGCAGAGCCAGGAGGCUGGUGGCCCUGUGUUUUACCCACUGGAGGAGUGAGCUGGAGCAGGCUCGAAACAGACUGAAGGUCCUGGAGCAGAGACUGAAACACACACACUUCAAACUCACUGCUGUCACCAUGAACCACUGGAGAACGGCCACUAGAGGGUGCAUAGCGCUCAAAUACUUCAACAGAAGAACAAUACGUCAGUGUUUUGAUCACUGGAGGGAGAGGACACGCACAUCCAGAGCAGUCACUAUACUGAGUGUACAGAGAGAGAGGAGAGGGGCACGUGAAGUUCUGCUAUGCUGGUGGAAGUGGACCAAAGAGUCUAGAUGCCAGAGGCAGAUGGAGGAGGCAGUGUGGCUGUGGCUGGAGGGUCGCAGAGUGACCAGAGCCUUCCAACUGUGGCUCAGAGUCCACCAUCGUCACCAAGAGGCCUCACGGCUGGGCCGGGCUCACCUAAUGCGCAGGUCUUUUCAGGUCUGGCGAGGGGUAGUGAGGGAGAGCCUGUCAACUUUUCAGACGGCGGAGUCACGGCUAUGCACCCACCAGACCCAAUCAGCUUUCAGUGUCUGGAGGAGGAGCACCGUGUCCCAUAAUCUCUUAAGUGACCUGGUCCAGAGAACGAAAUCCAGGCAGAGGAGGAGUCUGCUGAGAUCAUCACUCCACACCUGGCACCAAGAGGUCCAGUUGUGUAAAAGACGAUCUCUACACCUCUCACAGAAGUACUUUGCCUGUUGGGUGAACAGAAUUGGCAUCAGACGCAUUGAAAGGAAGAAUCAGUUGGAGGCUAGACUGAGGGAGUGUCUACGGCGGUGGCGUUUAGGUGUGCUGCUGAAAAGAGCUCGGAGGAGACUCGCCCAGGUGUUGUGGGUCAGCUGGAGAGACCAGACCGCUGCUGCACUCCUACUCACGACCCUGCACACUGACCGACUGCAGCAGGGGGCGUGGCUGACUUGGAGGAAGAGACGCAUCAGAACCCGGGUUUCUGAGACCUUUGCCGCGCAACUGGACCAAGCCCUCAUUGCGCAGGUGUUCAACAUGUGGCGGCAGAAGCAUGCUCUUCGCUCCACAGCGACCGACACGUGACCUACAGUAUAGGGAGAAGUAGCUGUCCACGCCUGUCCUCUGCUCCGUCAACCCUUGACCUCUCACCCCAACUCCUAGCCCCUAUAUGGUUGGGGAGAUCACGAGUAGUGUGUGGCUUUUCACCAUACUACCAGUACAGCACUUAAUAUUUCAAAAUAGAGGUUCACUUUUUGGUUUCUUGGGUCAAUGUCAUCUGGCAACAGUCAUUGCUCACAUUUCAAAUGUAUUGUUUUGAAAACAUGUGCCAACCAUUCUCAUAGAUGUUGGCUUUUACCUCCUUUGACAUUGGAGAGCUCCUUUGAAUGUUCUUAGAAGUGGAAACUAGUGUGGAGAAACUACUAACACGAGGGGAAACUAGUGAGAACAGCUUCAAGACAUAAUAGAUACACUGUUCAUAUGUCACACUACUAAUCCUGGAAAGCAGCACACUGUGCGUGAGUGCAACUAUUAUAACUAAUUUAACACCGGUAUUUGAAAUUCUUUCACAAUAAAUACCAUUCUGUGUA